UUCAUCUGAUCUGAUCUCCAUUAGAUUUCAUUUCACUUUCUUCAAUUCAAUUCUCAAUUAUAAAAAUUAAACCAUCAUGUCUAGUCGAAGAUCAAGAUCCAGAAACACAGGAGCUUCAAGAAUUUCCGACGACCAAAUCAACGAUCUGGUUUCCAAGUUGCAGCAGCUUCUUCCUGAACUUCGCAAUACAUCCUCAGACAAGGUAUCAGCGGCCAGGGUGUUGCAAGACACAUGUAACUACAUAAGAAGCUUGCAUAGAGAAGUUGAUGACUUGAGUGAACGCUUGUCUGAGCUAUUGGCUACUACCGAUACCAACCAAGCUGCCCUCAUUAGAAGCUUGCUUAUGCAAUGAAUGAAUUUUUAUAGUUUUUGUUUUAAUUUAUUAUUAGCAUUUUCAUAGAGUUUCCAUCCCAUCUUUAGUUUGUUGCCUACAAAAUUCAAUAUCAUAUCAUAUCCUCUACUCCAUCUUAAUCUC